AGCGUUUAAACAGUGACCACACACGCUCACAUUUGGCCACCCCGCUCCUCUCUCUCUCUCUCUCUUCAGUUAUAACUAUUAAUUAACACUUCAAAUUCAAAUUCAUUCUUGGAACUUUCAUACAGCCAUAUCUCAUUCUCAUUCUCAUUCUGCUCUUCUUCAUUCCAUCACUCACUUCCUUCUGUGUCGUGUCGGUGUUGGAUAGUGAUACGUCUUAAACACGAGACACACCUUCAAUCUGAAAUGUGGUUGCUACAUGGUUUACAUUACAGCUGGCAAGGAAAGGCCAUUUGAUAGGUGGUUAAAAGGGUAGUAGAAUUCUGAGAUGGACCGUCGAGGUUGGCCGUGGAAGAAAAAAUCAUCAGACAAAAUCACAAAGGCUGAGAAACCAUUUGUUACACUUGACUCUGUUGGUUCCACCUUGUCUUCUGUGGCACAUUUAGGAAACCAGCAGGACAAUUGCACAAAUAAGAACUAUGUUCAAAUUUCAAUGGAGUCAUACACGCGUAUGUCUGGAUUGGAAGAUCAAGUUGUAAACAUGGAGAAUCAAAUAAAAGAUUUGGAAGCAAAUUUAUCAGCAGCUUAUUCAGAAUUAGACAACAAGGAAAGUCUGGUUAAACAACACGCAAAAGUUGCCGAGGAAGCCGUCUCAGGUUGGGAGAAAGCUGAUGCAGAAGUUGUUUCCUUAAGACACCAACUUGAAUCUAUCACUCUUUCGAAGCUUAGUUGCGACGAGAGAAUAGCUCACUUAGAUGGAGCUCUGAAAGAAUGCAUGAAGCAGAUAAGAACUGUAAAGGAGGAAAGUGAGCAAAAAAUACAAGAGGUGAUUCUUAUGAAAUCUCAACAGUGGGAGAAAUUCAAGUUAGAGCUUGAAGCAGAAAUACACAAAUUAGAUAAAGGACUUCGCGAAGAAGCUCAUGAAAAUGCCUCCCUUCUGAGAUCACUUCAUGAAAGUUCAAAUAAAAUUGUGAAACUAAAAGAAGAAAAGUCCGAAGUUGAGUCCGAGUUAGAGCUUCAAAAGAAGAAUGUUAAGUCGUAUGAGAAAGAAGUAAGUUCUUUGAAGUAUGAGCUGCAUAUGAUUUCUAAGGAGAUGGAUAUCCGAAAUGAAGAGAAGAACAUGAUUAUGAAAUCAGCAGAAGUGGCAAACAAACGACACACCGAGGAUGUCAAGACUAUUGCCUUGCUGGAGGGCGAGUGCCAUCGGCUUCGUGGUCUGUUGAGAAAAAAGUUGCCUGGUCCUGCUGCAUUGGCACAAAUGAAGCUAGAAGUUGAAAGUACACGCCACGUCAUCAGUGGAAUCCAUCAAAGAAAAACUAAUGGCCUGCAAGAAUCCGAGGUUCUUACAAAACAAUUGGAGGUGUUUGAAGAAGAAACAAAGAGAUUGAAAGAAGCUUUGGCCUCAAGUAAUGCUGAAUUACAGGCUUCUAGGAACUUGUACACCAAAACAGUUAACAGACUUAAGAGCUUAGAAGCGGAGGUACAAGUUCUUCAUCAAGAAAGAAGUUCCCAGAAAUCAAAUUUGGCAAACAAUUAUAGGAGUUCUUCAAGUAGAAUUUCUAGUAAUUCACCGAGCAUCACUUCUAUAUCUGAUGGCUGGCACAAGGAUCCGGGAAGUCCUGUUGAGUCACUUGCAUCCUCAGUUUCUGACCAUUUUGGUAACAGUAGAGUUAGAAGCUCAGUUAAAUUUGAGAAUCACGAAAGUGAAACUUUCUCAGAACUGAUGGACGAUUUCCUUGAAGUCGAGAAAAUGGCAUGCUCAUCAGACAAUGCCAGUGUGCAAAUUGGUAACAAAGUUAAGAACUACGCCGUAGAUAAACAAUCAGAUGAUACGCUUGAUCUUAAGGACAAAAAUGCGAAUUUAGUGGAACAUGAACAGCUUCUGGAAGAACUGAAAGCGCAAUUGGCGUCAUCUCAUAAAUCAUACAACUUGGCCGAGAUUCAGCUGAAAUGCAUGACAGAGUCUUAUAAGUCACUUCAAACACAUGUAGAAGAGUUAGAAGCUGAAAAUAAGUUUCUAAAGGAAAAAAUAGAUGAGCUAAAGAAUGAUCUAGAGGAGGAAAAACAAUGUCAUCACGAUUCUUUGGUGAGGCACAAAGAUAUUGAGGAAAAAAUGCAAAGGGACAAGUGUCUGGUGUGUGCAACGAAUUCAGCUGAAAAUAAUGACAUCAAUACUCAAAAGGACACAGAACUAGCAGCUGCAGAGAAAAAACUAGCAGAAUGUCAGGAGACACUACAUGUACUUGGUAGGCAAUUACAAGCAAUGUGCCCACAAACUGACUCUAAAAGAUUUCAAACAAAUGAAUCUUCCAUUAAACCGAAUUAUGGCUGGUCGAAUUCUAAUGGCUCGUAUACCUCAGAUGAAAUUGAUCAUGCUGAAGCAUGUAGUGUAUCUUCUACUUCUGACAUUCAAGGAAUGAAUGAUGAGUUUUCAUCUUCACACAACUUUGGUUCCACAUCAUGUCUUUCGGACACCGAAGGCAACUUUUCGACAAAUUCUUCAAUUAAGUCAAGCCGAAGCUGUUAUAUGCUUACUGAAUCAAAUUCACGUCCUUCUGCUUCUGCCACAGGGAAGCAAAAUUCACAUGGUUUGAGUCAAUUAUUUUCUUCUAAAGAGAAAACUGGUCACUAGCACUUUUUGUUACUUCUAGAAGUAUCAGAGGGACCUCAUCGAUGAUGCUGUACAUAGACUAUAUAGUAAAAAAAAAAUGUGGACACUGAUGUUUGUGUCUGUAAUUCUCCUGAGUAUAAUUGAACUUAGAUAAAUAUUGUUUUUUGCUCUAGCCCUUCUAUUUCAUGUAUGUGUCACUGAGAGUUUACCAAAAUUUAGCUUGCUGUGUAAAACUUAUCAUAAAAUAGACAAUGAUAAGCUCACACUAGUUUUUUUUAUUCCA